AUGCUUGCCGUAGUCGCAGCGGCACCACCGGCCAACAUGGCGUGCUUGGAUGUACACGUCCGAAUAUGCGAACAAGAAAUACUUAAAUAUGAUUUGGAAAUAAAGGCCCUCGUCCAGGAUGUAAGGGAGUGUACGGGACCUCAAAGCACACUGACAGAACUCAAUUCAAAAGUGAUAGAGAGUUUCCAGAACCUCAGGCUGCGGAUACAGGAUCUAGAGCAAAUGGGCUUGGAGCAGGACAAGGAGUCUGAUAAGCAGGCUUUAAUGCAGCAGGUAGAGGGUCAUCGAAAACAGAUGAUCAGUAACCAAAUUGCUUGGAGAAAAGCAAACCUGACCAGUAAAAUGUCAAUCGAUGCCCUGGAAAAGGAGGCUCUGCUUAAUGGAGACGAUGCUUUGAGGAAAAGGAAGAAGACCAAGGGGGACCUGACUCAGACCUCCAGUGACAUCACAGAGAGCCUGAUGAGCAUGAGUCGUAUGAUGGCACAGCAGGUGGAGCAGAGUGAGGACACCAUGACAACACUGGCCACGUCCUCCAAGUCGGUCCAGGAGACCAACGAGGAGUUCAAGGCCAUGACAGGCACCAUCCAGCUGGGCAGGAAGCUUAUCACCAAGUACAACCGUCGGGAGCUCACCGACAAGCUGCUCAUCUUCCUGGCCCUGGCCCUCUUCUUCUCCACCGUGCUCUACAUCGUCAAGAAGAGACUCUUCCCCUUCCUGUAGGAGACCACCAUGGAAAGCCCCCUCUCCCCACACUCCAAACGCUUUAAUAUCUCCUCCCAUCUGAAGUCGAAUACUCGAAUACUGCUGCUAGCGAGCCGACUCUGUGCAUGGCAUUGUGGAUGUUGUGCUCUGCUGUACUGCCUGUGGUGCUGUUUAGGUGUACUCCGUAGGAUAUCUAUUGAUCAAUCAAACUCCGGUAACCCAUUGCCUCAAAAAAGCAAGCACUGAUUGCACACUGGUUCACUAAGGUUUUAGUGUUCUCCGCAAAUAUUCCAGUAGCAGGAAGUGAGCUGUAGUUCUCUCUAUUAUUUUGGUGAUGCUGUGCAUUGCCGUGAAUGAGGGCCAAUGUCAGUAGAGUUAGCUGGUUUUAAAAUAUAUCUAUUUUAAUAUAUUUUAAUAUUAUUAAUAUUCCACCUCUUUUCCUUCUAUUGCCCAAAGCUGGAUAAGGAAAAGCUUAAAGGUUAACCAUAUCAUUUCUUUAUUCCAUUUUUUGUCAAUCCCUUCUCUCCCUGGUUACUAACGUUAGAAUAAUCCGAAAAUAAAUACUAUUUUAUUUUAACACACUUAUAUUGAGUGUCUUUAAUUGAAAAUCUCUGGGUGAAUUCACUAUUUAAAAUCCCAACAGUGAUUGUUUGCACUGUAAUCAUCCUGUAAUUUGACGUUACAUUUAGUUAACCAAUUUGAAGAAAUGACUUAUUUUUGAGAAUUGGAGCUUUACAUUGUUUAAUAAUCAUCCCAAUGUUUAUUUAUAUAUCAUAUCCCCUGUUUGCAAUGGAAUUGUUAUCAUAUAACCUGCAGUAUUUGUAAGGCUUACAUGGACCAAUAAACCAUACCAGUGUACUACCAA